AUGUUGGUUCCAAUUGUAGCGUUACUGGCUGUGCCAGUCGUACUAGCGAAUUUCCCGCCACCGCUGAAGGAUGUGAAGACGUUGAAGUCGAAAUACCACGAAGGGGUGACAAUAUCGUAUAAGAAGCCAGGCUUAUGCGAGACAACACCAGGUGUGAAAAGCUACAGCGGUUAUGUCCAUCUUCCACCCGGGCUGCUGUCAGACAUCAAUGGAGAAUCCCAAGAUUAUCCAAUUAACACAUUCUUCUGGUUCUUCGAAGCCCGGAAAGAUCCCCAUAAUGCCCCUCUCUCAAUCUGGCUGAACGGUGGUCCUGGAGGUUCAUCUCUGAUGGGCCUUCUCCAAGAGAACGGACCCUGCUUCAUCGGUCCCGACUCCAAUUCCACGAUUCUGAAUCCCUGGUCCUGGAACAACGAAGUCAACAUGCUGUAUCUCGACCAACCAGCCCAAGUUGGAUUUUCCUACGAUGUCCCUACAAACGUGACCGUCAACCUCGCCGCCGAAUCAGAAGACCAAGUCAUCCACGCUGUCAAUUUCACUGAUGGCGAAAUUCCCAGGCAAAACAACACCUUCUUCACGGGUACCAUGGGAAGUCAAUCACUUACCAAAACAGCAAAUUCCACGACUCAUGCUGCUCAUGCGCUGUGGCAUUUUGCGCAGACGUGGUUCACGGAAUUCCCUGCUUACAAACCACAUGAUGACAGGAUUAGUCUGUGGACAGAGAGUUAUGGCGGGCAUUACGGGCCUGGAUUCUUCAAGUUCUUCCAAGAACAGAAUGAGAAGAUUACGAAUGGGACGAUUAAAGAGAAGGGCACGCAUCAUCUGCACCUUGAUACAUUGGGGAUUGUGAAUGGGUUGUUGGAUACUAUCGAGCAGUUGCCUGCAUAUUUUGAGAUGGCGUACAAUAAUACGUAUGGUCUCGAGCUGAUCAAUAAGACGACGUAUGAAGAGGGUAUGCGCGGUUGGUUCAGACCCGGAGGCUGCAGAGAGAGGACAUUGAGGUGUCAGAAACUCGCAGUUGAAACCGAUCCAGACUGGAGAGGCAAUGUGCCUUCGGUAGUGAAGUGUUUCGAUGAGGUGGCACAGGAUUGUGCCACCAUCAUGGAUGUUGCGAAGGACAUCACUUGGGGUUGGUACGAUAUCGCCCAUCCUCACGCAGAUCCUACUCCAGAGCCAUACAUGCUCGGCUACCUCACCCAACCCUGGGUCCUCGAAGCCCUCGGUGUCCCAGUAAACUUCUCCUCAGCCUCCCCAGCAGUCUACUUUGCCUUCUUGGGAACACAUGACUGGGAGCGUGGCGGCUCAAAGGAAGCAGUUUCCUACCUCCUCGAAAGUGGUGUCAAAGUCCAUAUGGUCUACGGCGAUCGCGAUUAUGCCUGUAAUUGGCUGGGCGGAGAAACUGCUUCGCUCGCUAUCCAGUACUCUGGAAUCAAAGAGUUCAAGAAUGCGGGAUAUGCGCCGAUCUUGGGAUCUGAGGGAGUUGGUGGGUUUGUGAGGCAGUAUGGGAACUUUUCGUUUUCGAGGGUUUUCCAGGCGGGUCAUGAAGUGCCGUGGUAUCAACCCGAAGUUUCCUACAAUAUUUUCAUGCGCGCCAUGUUCAACAAAGACAUUGCUACCGGUAUCCUUCCUGUUUCAGACGAUUUGACAACUAUUGGUCCCUCAUCAACGUUCCACAUCAAGAACGCAGUGCCCACAGCUCCAGAGCCGAAAUGCUAUAUCUUGAAUCCGGAGACAUGUACGCCUGAGCAGUAUGCUGGAGUCAAAGAUGGGUCGGCUAUCGUGAGGGAUUUCUUUGUCGUGGGGAGUGUGAGGGAUGGAGGGGUUAUACAAGUGGGAGGAGAGAAUGUACAAAAUAUUCUGGAGGAUGUCGGACAGUUGGAACUUUAG